AAUGAUUCCGCAUGUAACGAUACAGCCCUGAAGCUAGAUACAAGUUCAUCGCACUCUGUUGUCUACUUGAGGAUCAGGGAAGUAAGCGGAAGGUGUACAGCUGAUGUGCAUGGGAACCCUUAGAACCUGCUGUCAAGCCUGAUCCGUUGCAGAUGUAUCUUAUAUAUCAUAUUGAAUGAAUUAAUGGAUCUGCGGCUACUUAAAUUUUGUCAGUGAGCAAGAAGUGAGUGACAUCAGAUCAUCUCCUUACUGAAAUGCAAACAAAAUUACCUUCAUAUACGAGUGAUCUCUGUUAAGAAUGUUCCAUAAAUCUUUCAGUCAAUAGAUCAGAGGCAUCUAAAGCGCACACUAUGUGUUAGUCCUGGCAAAGUGUACGAGAGACACGAAUUUAGAUACCUGGCUGCACGUUCGUGCUCCCACUGAUCAUGGACGCGCAGAGGCUACGUCCCAUCAAUACCGAGCCACUGCUUGGGCAUCCGAAAUAUAUGAAGGUGGCUGACUUGAACAGAGGCGCAUUUGGAUUCGUCCAACUAGCAAAAAACUUGGAAACUGGUGAGCAAGUGGCGAUAAAAUUCAUAGAGAGGGGCGACAAGAUCAGCAAGUAUGUGGAGCGGGAAAUCAUGAAUCACAAGCAGCUGCGGCACCCACACAUAGUUGAACUCAGAGAGGUAUUUCUUACGCCAGAGUACCUGGCCAUUGCCAUGGAGUAUGCGACGGAUGGCGACAUGUUUCAGCUGGUUGUGCGGCGGCGGGGCUUGCUGGAGAAGGACGCUCGCUGGUAUUUCCAGCAGCUCAUCAUCGCAGUCGACUACUGCCACAGAAUGGGGGUGGCUAACAGGGACAUCAAGCUUGAGAACACGCUGCUGGAAGGCACCGCCAGGCCCAUCAUCAAGAUCUGCGAUUUUGGCUAUUCCAAGCACGAGGUGUACAACUCAGCGCCGGGGUCUCGGGUGGGGACGCCAGCCUACCUGGCUCCCGAGGUCAUCCUGACCACCAAGGGGAAGACCUACAACGCCAAGGUGGCGGAUGUGUGGUCAUGCGGUGUGAUGCUGUAUGUGAUGCUGGCGGCCGCGUACCCCUUUGGGCGGCCGGAGGAUGAGCAGAUCAAGCCCUCCGCUCGCAUGCACGUCAUGCUGCAGCGGAUCCUGAACGUGCAGUACGAGCUGCCGGCGCAUGCGGUGGUGACGCCGGAGUGCCGCGAUCUGCUGGCCCAGAUUCUGGUGGCCGACCCGGAGCGCCGCAUCAGCCUGGCCGACGUGCAGCGCCACCCCUGGUUCCGCCGGGACCUGCCCCCGGGGGUCGCCGACAUGAACGACCGCCUCCUCGCCGACCCCUCCUCCCACCGCUCCUCCGCCACCCAGGCACGUUCCGCGCCCAGGGGCUACUAUUAUACCUGCUGCUGUGGGGUGCAGAGCUUGGAGGAGACGCUGAUGAUAGUGCGGGAGGCGAUGGUGCGGCCGCAGACGGCCGUGCUGCAGCACCCGCUCGACUUUGACAACGAUGACACGCUGGACUCUUUCAUUGGAGACCAUGGCGCCUAUGAUGAUGACAUCCCCUACCUCAACGACGAUGUCCUGCCCUUCCUCAGCUCCAGGGAGCUCCAACAGCACGACUUCUAG